CUCGCAUCCCUCACCAUCUGCACACCUUCGGCCUCCGACUCUCACACCGCCAGUAAAGCACCCCCUCUUUGGUCGCAUUGUCCAUACCACUCGUCCUCGACCUUCGCUAUAUCCUUGCGACUGUCUCUGCCAUCCGAAAACACCAUCUUCCCAACGGCGCGCGUCACAAAAGCUUCCGGCGCAUCCUGACCGUCUGCCCACGUCACUGCCAGCGCUUUGGCCCAUUGGCGCCGUACCCUCGCCCGCCAUGUUACUUCCAUCUGCGUUCUCCUGCGAUGGAGGACACUCGACCGAGUCGAGAGCCCAGCGACCCAUGUUGCCCUCCUUCGCUGCAUACCAACCACAACACUCUGUCCAAGUGCGCCCGAGCCCACUGUCCUCCAGUUGUCGCGCCCUGCACGCAAUCCUAGGCGCCCCUUUGACGAUAGAACGGUCCACUCCGCCUCCUCCACCACCUCAAUCGCAUGAUCCUUUCCGAAUAUCGCAUGAAGCAAACGCAUCGAAACAGACACUACCACAACAACCACCGCGCAGAAGCACACACAAGAGACGGCGCAGCGACUUCGAGGCCGACCUCAUCCCAUCGGCAAUGUCAGAUACAAUGAUGGAAGACUGCCCACAGACCCCUCAGCCAGUCCGAACGCCCAAGAGACGGAGAAAGGUGCCAUUGUCAAUACCCAUGGGUCUUUCGGCCGACGACUUCCGCGCCCUAGACACUCCGUCUGAAGAGAAAGAGGACCUUGACCUCGACAUGCCCAUCAUGAGUCCCUUUGUGAGCAACACGCAUUCAGAUCAAGACUCUGCAUACGGAUCAUCGCCGUCAAUAGACGAUUCGGACUGGACCAUCGACGACGAUAGAAUGCUUGUCGAGACUGUCCUCGAGAAACUAAAACUCUCCAAGCGAGACUGGAAUGAUUGUGCAAGAAAAUUGGGAAAGGACAAAGACAGCCUGGGCAGGCGAUGGAGUCUUCUCGUAGGAGAAGGUAACGUCGGUCUGAGAAGAGGAGGGAGGAUUUCAAGAACAGACUUGGACAUUCCGUCUUGGUAGCCUUGUUCCUACCACCCAGUUCUUGAUUUGUAUAAGUACAUUUAUCAUCUUGUUUCUCGCCCGCUCCAGCGAGUCGGCCAUUCAUAGAUACCCUCAUAUCAUGCAAUUUAUGUC